GAGGCCAAGAUCUAUAGACAGCUCAAGGCUAUACAAGGCAUCUAUAUCCUGGUCUACCUUAGAUUAUUCAAGGUCCCUAGACUAUUUCAUUAUCUCAGCACGGUCCUGAUUAUAUAUAUGCUAGUGCUUAGCUUUAGUAGCAAUUCAUUGAACCUCUUUACACUCUUGCGGCAGCCUGUUACCAUGACUAAUAGUCAGCAGCAACAAGCGCUAGCUAGAUUAGAGGCGAUUCACUCAGUGGGUGUCUUGCAUAGCGACGUUGUAAUGCGAAACAUCUUGUGGGACGUGUGGUCUAACAAGAUGUUGUGGCAUGAUUUUGAUCGCGCUGUCAUUGUCCAGCGAUCACCCCUUACC